CCAAAGAAAAGUGUCGCUGUAAGUAACGAGCGCACUCUCCGCAUCCACUAAUUUACCAAAAAGCAAAAGAGAAAGAAAAGAACAAAGUGAGAACAAAAACACACACUGAAAAAAGCGAUUCCAAGAAGCUAAUAAUCAACAGAUAGUUUCGAAAAUAUCGAAGCGCGGUUAGGAAAAUCGAUUCUGGAGCCGGAGAUGGAGAUUUCUACUCCCGCCUCUUCCAAGCCGCUGUCCAUUACACCGAGGUCUAGGGUUUUGAGAAGCCCGCUCUCCGAUGAUCAGAUCUGGAAACGCUUGAGGGACGCUGGUUUUGACGAAGAGUCGAUUAAGCAUAAAGAUAAGUCUGCACUUGUAGCUUAUAUCGCUAAGCUUGAAGCUGAGAUAUAUGAUCAUCAGCAUCACAUGGGCCUUCUUAUAUUGGAGAGAAAGGAAUUGACCUCCAAGUAUGAACAAGUUAAAACCAAGGUUGAAUCAUUUGAGUUAAUGCAUAACCAUGAUUCAUCCAUGAAUAAAUCUGCAUUAGCUGAAUCAAGAAAACGGGAAGAAUCUUUGAAGAAGACAAUAGGCGUGAAAGAUGCAUGCAUAGGAAGUCUUGAGAAGGCCUUGCAUGAGAUGCGUACUGAAUGUGCUGAAACAAAGGUUGCAGCUGAGAGUAAAUUAGCUGAAGCACACCAAUUGAUAGAAGAAGCACAAAAAAAGUUUACGGAGGCUGAAGCCAAAGUGUGUGCUGUAGAAUCUUUGCAAGCAGAUGCUACUCGAUAUAACAAUGUUGCUGAAAGGAAGCUUCGUGAUGUUGAAGCACGGGAAGAUAAUCUCAGGCGGCAAAUUAUAUCUUUCAAGUCUGAUUGUGAUGAAAAAGAGAAGGAGCUGAAUCUCGAGAGGCAUUCCCUCUCUGAAAGGCAGAAGGUUUUGCAGCAAGAACAGGAAAGGUUACUUCAAUCGCAGUCUUUGCUCAACCAGAGAGAGGAUCAUCUCUUUAGUAGAUCUCAGGAACUAAAUCGUCUUCAAAAAGAGUUGGAGGACUCAAAGUUUAAAACUGAAAAGGAACAUGAGGCCCUCCAUGACAAGAAAACCAGCCUACAACUACUGGAGGCCACCCUUAUACAACAAGAAGAGGCACUCACUAAAUGGAAAACCGAGCUUAACAAUAAAGAGAAAGAGUUGCAUGAAUUUGAAGUGAAACUUUCUAAUAGAGAAUCUGAUGAAACUCAGAAGGUUAUGGCAGAUCAGGAAGCCACAUUGAGAACAAGAAAACAUGAUUUGGAAGUUGAGCUACAAAUGCAGCGCAAAUCGGUUGAAAAUGAAAUUGAGACAAAGAGACGGGCUUGGGAAUUAAAGGAGGUUGAUCUUAAACACCGGGAGGACCAAAUCCUUGAAAGGGAACAUGAGUUGGAAGUCCUGUCAAGAUCAUUGACCGAAAAGGAGAAAGACCUAGUGGAUCUGUCAACUUCUCUUAAAGAUAAAGAUCAAAGCCUUAGAUCUGCUGAGAAGGAGUUUGAAUUAAACAAAACCAUUUUGCAAAAGGAGAAAGAUGAUAUUGAACAAGCUAAGCAAGAUCUGCAGGAGUCUUUGACAUCUUUGGAAAAUGAAAAAAGACAAGUUGAUAACGCAAAGAAGAGAUUGGAGGUCAUCCAAAGUGAAACAGGCGACUUAUCAGUUUUUGAAGUGAAACUUAAGGAAGAGAUUGAUCUUGUAAGAUCUCAGAAUUUGGAGCUUUUGGCUGAGGCUGAUAAGUUGAAAGCUGAGAAGGCCAAGUUUGAAGCUGAGUGGGAGCUUCUUGAUGAAAAAAAAGAAGAGCUGCGAAAAGAAGCAGAGUUUAUAGAAAACGAAAGGAAGGCGGUUUCCACUUUUAUUAAGAAUGAGCGUGACAAGCUAAGAGAAGAAAAAGAAAAUUUGCGUAAUCAGUACACCCAUGACUUGGGGUCACUUGCUAGUGAACGGGAAAAUUUCAUGAAGAAGAUGGCAGAUGAACAUGCUGAGUGGUUUGGCAAGAUGCAGCAGGAGCGAGCAGAUUUUCAGCGGGAUAUUGAGAUGCAAAAAAGGGAGCUGAAUAACCUUAUUGAGAAGAGACGGGAAGAAGUUGAAAGUUAUUUGAAGGAAAGAGAAAAGGCUUUUGAGGAAGAGAAGGAUAGGGAACUCCGGCGUGCUGAUGCUCUUAAAGAGAAAGCAGCAAAAGAAUUGGAACAAGUUUCCUUGGAGAUGAAAAGGCUUCAAACUGAGCGCAGUGAGAUAAGUUUGGAUCGUGAGCUAAGAAAUAAAGAAUGGGCUGAAUUAACUGAUUGUAUUAAAGAACUUGAGGUUCAAAGGGAUAAACUACAAAAACAGAGAGAACUGUUGCAUGCUGAUAGAAUUAAAAUUUAUUCUCAGACUGAAGAAUUGAAGAAGUUAGAAGACUCGAAAGUUGUCUCUGAUGACCUCGCGAUUGUUGAAAUGCUGAAAUCUGAUAUGGAGUAUAACCUACAGAAAAUGUCUUCAAUGAAAAAUUUGAAAUAUCAGACUCUUACACAAGGUCGUUUGAGCAAGGACUUGGAUGUUGAUAACAUCAGCAAUGAGUUUGAUACUCCAUUUGUGCAGAAAUCAUCAGGUGUUUCUCCUCCUAGUGCAGCUCGAUUCUCAUGGAUAAAACGAUGCUCAGAACUAAUAUUCCGAAAUUCUCCUCAUACACCACUCAUGAAAAAAGAAAAUCUGCCUCUGGUUUCUGAUAAAAAUAAUGUUAGUACUGGGCAAAAGCACUUGGAUAAUGACAAACCACUUGGUAAUUUUAACAAUGGACAGCAAAUGGAAUUUUCUUUUGGAGAACCAAAAGUAAUUGUUGAAGUACCAUCUCGAGAUGGAAAUGCUAGUAGAACAAGCGAGUUCGAAUCUGUAACUAAAGAUGUUAAUGGGAAAACUACAUUUUCAGAUGAACCCCAAGUGGGAAGAGGGAAAAGAGGCAGGGGGAACUUGAUUUCUAAAGCUGGUGAUCCUCUUGUAGAUGUUGUGCAGAAUAAGAGACCAAGAGGCGAAGAACGAAUGGCCCAAAAUCCUUUAGAUCAGGGCACUACCUACUGUAUGCUUUCAACCCAGUCAGAUAUAUCAGAGAUUCAGCAGCUGUCAACGACUUCAAAUCAUAAACAAGGGAACACUGAAGAAACUCGUGUAGUAACGAUUGACAAGGUCAUUCAUGUUUCAGAAGUGAUUUCUGAGAAAGUUGAUACUCUCAGCAUUCCCAAUCAAGAACCUGGAGAUAAUUUGCAGAGUCCUACGUUGGGAGUGUGUCAAUAUAAUCUUCACAGAGAAACAAUUGAUCAGUCAAAUUCUAGUGUAUUGGAAAGCAAAGAAGGAAUAUGCAAAGAAAACAAUGAGCAUGUUUCUUCCUUUUCUGAAAACUGAAAACUGUUAGGUUUUGUUUGGCUUUGUUUGGCUGUGUACAGGGACUAUGGACGUGUGCAUUGGUACUAAAAAAUUAGUUGGUUAAGACAUUAAAUAUAUAUAUUAGGAGUGUGUGGUGUGUGUCGAGACUGAAUCACUGAAUCACUGAACCAUGUCUAGCCGAUAUCAUUUGUUGGUUUGUUGGAGCUGGUUAUUUGUGUAUACUAUAGAUAAUUGGUGAAAUCUGCUUUUGUAUAUACACCUCAUUGAUGCAGUCGCAAAUUGCAUUUAGGAUGAGGGUAGAUUGCAGAUAUAGUGUUUCCUACUUCAAAAAGAUUGAAAAGAGAUAGUUAGAUACAUCAUAUUGGUUUUCUGAUUUGAUGAGUUCUUUCUUGAUGGUAUUUUUUUCGUCGCGUUCAAAUCAAAUUUGCUUUUGGCACAAUGCUAGGUUUCUUUGUGUGUCUUCAUAGGAAUUUUAUGUCUGUGAUCGGAAUAGUGUUUGGUUGUUUUUGGUUAAAGAGUCAUAAGUAUCUCAAGCUCUUACUUACAUUUUGCUGGUUCUUACUAUACCUUUGUAUUAUGUUAAAACUAUGGUGAGGUCGCUAGAAUUAUCAUUA